UCCUAGCACUUAGCAACGCUCAAAGGGAAAGAGUCGGGUGUUAGGAUUUCGGGAAGCCGGUCUGCGCCUGAAGCAACGGUGAAGUAGUUGACCCUGUGUUACUCUGCAAAGUAGCUUCAGAGUCGAUAUAAUGAGUUCCAUUAAAGUCUAUUAUACCAGCGUGUCAGGCUCUAGGGAGGUGAAGCAGAGACAGGAAGAAGUUACAAGAAUUUUGGAUGCUUACAAAAUAAAGUAUGAAUUGAUAGACAUUUCUGUGAGUUACCAAAUGCUUCAAGAAAUGAGGAUGAAGACUUCUACUCCUGCAGCUCUACCACCUCAGAUAUUCAAUGGCCAAGAAUAUUGUGGGGAUUAUCAAAUGUUUCAUGAGGCAAAGGAGAACAAAGAGAUUCUGAAAUUCCUCAAGAUGAAAUGAAUGGACAGUUAUGAAAUAUGAGACAUUUACUGAAAUGGUUCUACAUAUUCUCCAUUUGCAUUGGUUUCUUUUAAUUAUAACAAUAUAAUUGUCUCAUUAAAGUGAUCACUUGGAAACAUAA